AUGCGGGUCGGCAAGCGCCCGAAAACGCCAACGCGACCCCACACCGACAAGUUCGUCAAUUCUAGCUACAGCGUCGCGGUCAAGGUCGCGCAUCUCCGCGGGGCGCCGACAGCACAGGAAGCUAAAGGCAAGGCCAACCGGCCGGUCCCCGCGUGGCUCACGCCGAGCACGGCGCCCGAAGCGCGGCAGGUGGGCGAGGUGGUGGCGCACGAGGCGCAGCGCCAGGACAAGGAGAACGCGGGGGGCCCUCAGAAGCCGAGCGGCGUGGUGUCAACAAUGCCGUCGCAGCCUUCGAGCCCCGGGGGCGCGCGGCGCAGCCGCCAGGAGCCCGCGAGCAUCAGCCCCGACAACCUCGCGGGCCAUCCCCUGCAGGACCUGAAAGUAACUGAGACGCCGGAGCGCGAGACGAGGCGAAAGGGCAAGAAGGCGCGUCGCGAGGAGGCGUGGAGUCCAGAGAAGCUGGAACGCACCCCCUCGGCCGGCUGGCGCGCCUCCUCCGCGGCGUACCAGCGCGCCAGUGUCUCCUCGGGCCGCUUAUCCGCGCGAGGGCGUCCGAAGUCCGCUGGAAAGGCGCGUCCGGCCUCCACCUCACCGGGACUGGCCACGCCCGCCGUGGCCUCGGGGAGGAGCCCGCGGCUGAUCAACACGCCCGGCUCGCUCCCAGGCGAUGCGCACAGCCCCGGGGGCGCCCCGCUCCCGUCGGGCGCGGAGGAGCUCGCGCGGAGGCCGCACCUCUCGUCCAAAACGCGCGACCUCGCGUCCGCCCGCUACCGCGACGAAGUCCUCCCCGGGCAGGACCGCAUCGACUUCCUCUACGAGUCCGGCCGCACGAGGGUCGCGAAGUGCCGCGCGCGCGACGGCGCGCGCCUCUGGGAGCUCCGCGAGCUCGCCAACGCCCAGCGCGAUCUCGAGACGGAGCGGAAGCAGCGCGCCAAGAGCGCCGGCCGGCAGCGCCCGAAGAGCGCGCGGCGCGGCACGCUGGACCCCGCCGAGUUCUACCAGACGCAGCUCGCGUGGAAGGCCGGCCUCGAGAGCGUCCGCGCUGCGAAGAAGGAGGAGGCGGACCGCCGCCGGGCGUACCAGGAGCUGGAAGCCUGCACGUUCAAACCCAAGGUCAGCGCGCGGUCGCGGUCCAUCGGACGCUCGCACAACGCGCGCCUGGGCACCGGCUUUGCGUCCCCGACGCAAUCGUCGCGCAGCAAGAGCCGCUCGGUGUCGCCGCACGCCACCCCGAGGCCCGGUGAAGGCACGCCGCAGCGGUCCGGCGACGUCAGCGCGCGCGGCCGGCCGAGCUCCGUCCGCGGGACCGCGCGCAGCCACACGGUCGCGACCGUCCUCCCCCCGCGCGGCGCGGCCGCGCCGGACUCCCCCGGGGAGGUGUCGGGCCUCCUGUUGUCAGCGCGCGGCGGCUCCGGGGGGGGGGUCUCGUCGCGGUUCUUCCGGCCGAUCGAGGGCGCGGACGCCGCGACGGCGACCUCGAAGCCCGCGGGGAAGCCGGCCGACGCCCCGGGGUCCCACUUUGCGCCGCUGUCGGCGGACCAGAUUGAACGCGAGGUGCGGCUGGCGCUCGCGGACAUCGCGAACGGCGACAUCCCGGAGGAGGACAUCGAGGAGAUCGUGCAGCGCGCGGCGGCGAAGCCCGCGCUCGCGAUCGGCGGCAGCACGAUGCGGUCGACGCCCGAUCACCUCCUGCACUCGCCCGUGCACGCGCCGCCGGACAGCUGCCGCCCGCUCGCGGCGCCCGGGCCCGCGGACCGGCUCGUAGCGAGCCAGACGGAGGGCCUGCUGCGGAGCUUCGAGGUCGCGGGGGUCGCGGUGGACGAGGCGACGGUGUGGGCGGUGGCGGACCGGAAACAGGCGACGACGAAGCGGUUCCUGGAGCGGCAGCGGCAGGCGCGGGACGCCAAGGUGGAGCACCUGGCGCGGCUGACGAGGUACAACGGCGAAGGGUGGGACCCGCGGGGGACGCGGAGCUUCAAUCGACCCAAGUUAGGGGCCGAGCGCGGGGGGUCGCUGCGCGCGGCGGCGGAGCCCGUGGCGGCGCUAACGCCGCGUGCGGGGGCGCUGAAUGACCCGAGCUACGUGCCGAUGUCGGUGCGGCUGCGGGGGGCGCGCAUGCCCGCCACGCCCCCGCCCGCAGCGCAGGAGGCAUAG